AUGCCAUGCCAUGCAGGUGUUGAUCGAGCAGUACGUACAGAGGCUCUUGGGAUGGAAGAUCGUAGUAUCCUUGAUAGUCAAAUCACGGCAUCAAGCAUUUGGAAUAGUGGUUAUCGUGUGGCUAAUGGAAGAUUAAAUUUCAAACAGCCUAGUGGCAAAUUUGAAUCCUGGUCGGCAUUGUCCAAUGAUCUCAAUGAGUGGCUUCAAGAUAAUUUUCAACGAGUUACACUCAUCACAAAAAUCGGUACGCAAGGACGCAAUGACGCGAAUCAAUUUGUUAAGAGUUACACCAUCUCUUUCAGCCGAGAAGGGAAGUGUUUCUCGAAUUAUACCCAAGGGGAUGCUAUCAAGCCAGGUAACAACGAUCACAAUACGACUGUCCAUCAAACUGUGAUUCCUCAUAUUUCUGCUCGGUUCAUUCGUCUUCAUCCGACAGCUUGGGAAAAUCAUAUUUCCAUGAGAGUCGAGUUUUAUGGCUGCUCGGUGUAA